AACGUCGCUAGACAGCCAUUUUUCGUCAUUCGGAUACCUUUGGAAGUUAUGAAGAUAGAUUUCAACUGUCAACAUUGUAAACACGAAUACAAUGCUUUCAAAAACUAUUAAAUCUCUAAUUAAGGUAACAGCAUGCCAAAACCUGGCAUUACGAAGCUGUAUCCACACGACCCAAAGCAGACACUUGUGGCAUGUUCCAAUAGUAGUGGAGAACACAGGGUCUGGGGAGCGUGCGUAUGACAUCUACUCCAGGCUGCUUAAUGAACGCAUUGUACUUCUAAUGGGUGAGAUUCAUGACCAGGCAGCCAGCACGGUAGUUGCCCAGCUGUUGUUCUUGCAGUCAGAAAAUGCCAAGAAACCAAUCAAUAUGUAUAUUAAUUCACCUGGCGGCAGUGUGACAGCAGGGAUGGCGAUCUAUGACACAAUGCAGCUAAUCAACUGCCCAGUGGCCACAUGGUGUGUGGGUCAGGCAGCAAGCAUGGGGUCCCUCCUACUGGCCGCAGGCACACAUGGGCGCCGUCACGCCCUCCCCAACUCACAGAUCAUGCUGCACCAACCACUGGGUGGCGCUUCAGGUCAAGCAACAGAUGUUAAAAUACGAGUAGACAAUUUGCUGAGAAUCAAAGAACAGUUGAACAACAUCUAUGUAAAGCACACUAAACAGCCAUACGAUGUGAUAGAGGCAGCAUUGGAUCGUGACAACUACAUGUCACCGGAGAAGGCGAAGGAAUUCGGACUGAUAGAUCAUGUAGUGGGCACGGCACCCCCACCCCAGAGCAGCCCUAACUGACCACGAGGAAAUGUGCCAUCAUGUGUCCUUCAUUGUUCUGUUGUUGCAGUAUACAUUGUAUUAAACUCUUGUUUUACAGAG